AUCGGCGGAUGGACGUGCCAAUCGUUGGGAAGUCCGAACUCGGAGGAAAGUACGAAGCCGGAAUACGGCGUCGUCGUCGUCGUCAUCUUGAUUGUCGUCAUUGGCAAAGAAGAAGAAAAAGAAGAAAAGGAGGUGAUGGUGGUGGCGGUGGUGGUGGCAAGUUGACGGAAGUUUGUAGAUACGCGAUAAGGAAGAGAAAGAGAGAGAGGAAGAGGAAGAAGAAAAAGUGGAGAGAAGAGGGGUGGUGGACUAAAAGAGGAGAAGAAGAAGAACAAGAAGAACAAGAAGGACGAGAACAAGAAAAAAAAAAGAAAAAAAAUAGUGUUACCAGUGUUUCUGGUGUAAUAAUUAGUGUUGGUGUUGGUAAUGGUGGUUGUUAUUACUACUCUUGCUCCGCCAUUAUACUCCUACAUUGUCUUGUUGUUAACAUCAACAAUAACAGCAACAUAACCUACUUAUUGCAUAUCUCGAAAUGGAUAAUCCUCUUGCAUCGAAACAACAUUCUUUAAUUCAAUUGUCUCACCUCACGCUAUCACUAUCAAUCGUAAUCUUUAUCCUAUUCCCUAAUAACGAUAAUUCCAUCACAGAUUUCGUUAUCGUCACCACUCCUCCGCCAUCUUAUUUCAAAUCUUUGUCAUUAUCGUUCUUCACAUUAUUCCAAUCGAUAUUACAAAGUGAGAAAAAUUCUUUGACUCGACGAACUCUAUAAUUUUCCUUCGUAUCUUUUCUUUUUUCUUCUUUUCCUUUAUUUCGUCCAUCUUUGUCUAUAUCUCCAAACAUUUUUCGCGUAAAAAAAGAAAUAAAAAAAAAAACAAAAAAAAACGAACGAACUAACAAAAAGAAAAAUUGGAAAGAAUCAAUCUUUAAAAUCGACUAUUCUUCGACGCUCUUUUUUUAUUUCCUUCCUUUUUUUUUCUUUUCUUUUUAGAUAAUCGAAAAUUUGUUUCUGAAAAUAUACGGUCACGAAUAUCGUUCUAUUCUUCUCAAUAUAUUUUUCGUUCGAUCGGGAUAAAAGAAAAGAAAAGAAAAGAAAAUUCUCAAAGAAUAAUUCUCUAAGAAAGAAUUUUUUUUUUUUUUUAAUUUUUUAAUCUUACGUGCGAGUAAACGUAUCGUAUUUACACGUAUUACUCUUAUUAUUCGAUUCAUCCUCUUUAUCCGCGCACGCUUCCCCCUCCUCUGUCCCCGUCUCAUAGCCAGCCAAUCCCCCCUCCCACCCCCACCCCCGCCAUUACCAUUCAAUCUUUCCUUCUCCUCUUUACAAGUGGGAAACACUGUGUAACCGGCGUUUAUAAUCAUCAGUAACGUCUCGAUCCUCGACGUAGGAGUGUGACUUGUUAGAAGAAGUGGAUUUCGUAGGACAUUUUGUAUCCCCUCCAUUCUCCAUUCACCAUUCUCCACCUUCCACCCCUUACCCCUACUCCUACUUCUUAAAUUUCGAUGAUAUCGAUGACGAAUUAAUUGUUGAUCUUCUUUUCUUUUCGUUUCGUUUCAUUUUUCUACUUUUUUUUUUUUUUUGAUACACGGAUAAGUGUAUAUGUGUGUGUACACGCGCGGGUGGUUGUGUAUGUGUGUGCGCGCGCGCGCUCCCUUCCCCAUUAAAGAAAAAGAAGAAGACGUUGAAGAAGAAAAAGAAGAGUUCUAGAGUGACAAUCGGGAGACUUGUAAAAACGAAUUUGCUCGAAGAAACAAAACGACGAGACAUUUGUGUUUUGUGAAAGUGUUUUGUGAAAGUGUUUUGUUAUAUUAUUAUUAUUAUUAACAAUAUUUUUAUUUUUAUUUUGUUUUUCCGAUUCUCUCUAUCACUCUCUGUUUUUUUUUUUAUAUAUAUUGUUUGGUUGCGUUUCGUAUCGUUGAAAAAAAAAAAAAUAGAAGAAAGAAGAAAAGAAGACAAAAAAGAUAGGAAAAAGAAAGAAGAAAAAGAAAAACUGGUUGGACGUUCUUCUUGUCGUCGAAGUUUUUCAUUGGGCACCACCGAAAAUGAUGUUCCAGGUUGUGCUAGUGUUAUAUUUUACUGUGCUCGCCACCGGAGCGCCACCUUCGUCGUCCAUGAUAUACGCCGACGAUAAAGUGCAAAGUUAUCUCACAAAGUUCGGGUAUUUGCCAGAGAGCAACCCAGAAACCGGUAAUCUAAGGACAGAAGAUCAACUUAGGGACGCCAUUAGAAAUUUACAAAGAUUCAGUGGUAUUCCAGUUACCGGUGAGAUCGACGAUGCCACUCGAAAAUUGAUGAAGGCACGACGUUGCGGUUUAUCGGAUCGACAGAAUCCGCGAUACUCAAGAACCAGACGCAAACGUUUCACGAUUCACGGACAACGUUGGCCCUAUCGGAAUCUCACAUGGAGCUUGAGAACCAAUCAACCAAGCGGUCUGGAAACUGGCGGAGUUCGACUGGAAUUGAGCAAGGCACUCGACCUUUGGGCCAGAAAUUCAAAGCUUACCUUUCAGGAAGUUAACAGCGAUCGUGCUGACAUCUUGGUUUACUUUCAUCGUGGUUCUCAUGGGGAUGGAUAUCCAUUCGAUGGAAGGGGACAAAUCUUGGCGCAUGCAUUUUUCCCUGGCAAAGAUCGCGGCGGGGAUGCUCAUUUCGACGAGGAGGAAAUUUGGUAUCUUCAGGAUAGCAGCAACGAGGAAGGGACUAGCCUGUUCGCUGUGGCUGCACACGAGUUUGGUCAUUCUCUUGGUUUGGCACAUAGUUCUGUUCAAGGAGCUCUAAUGUAUCCUUGGUAUCAAGGAUUGAGUCCUAAUUAUGAGCUACCCGAGGACGAUAGGCAUGGGAUUCAACAGAUGUAUGGUGCGCCUGAAGAAAAAUUAUGGGGCAAUAUACCGGGUGGCGCAUUUCCACCAGAAAGGCCAACACCUCCAACAACGACGACGACGACGACGACGACGACGACAACGACGUUAGCAACGACUUACAGACCCUGGAGAACACGACCGACGAGACCCAAUCACUAUCCGGACUAUGGUAGACCUAGAAGACCAGAUCGUUAUCCGUCGAAACCAGAUUACAGAACUGAGAGGCCGGACUAUCGACCCCAGAGACCUCACAAACCUCAUAGACAUCACACUACCACAUUGCCGGCAAUUACUACGACAACUGUUAGACCAACGAUUUCUCAGAGACCUAGGUUCAGGUGGACCCAAUCACCUAGGAAUGACGUACCAGAUAAAUGUGAUACCACUUAUGACGCAAUUAGUAUCAUACGUAGAGAGGUCUUCAUAUUUAAAGGACGUUAUCUAUGGAGAAUCGGUGACAAAGGAUUGUACGAAGGAUAUCCAGCAGAAAUCACGAGGCUGUUCAAUCUACCAGAAGACAUUGAUCACGUAGAUGCCGUUUAUGAAAGGCCCGACAAAAAAAUUGUCUUUUUUAUUGGGAAAAAGUACUACGUCUUCAGCGCUAAUAAUCUUGAAUCAGGAUAUCCGAAACCAUUAACAAAUCUUGGACUCCCAGCUUCCUUAGAAAAAAUCGACGGCGCUAUGGUUUGGGGACACAAUAGUAGAACUUAUUUCUUUAGCGGUUCUAUGUAUUGGAGGUUCGACGAAUGUGUUAAUUAUGUUGAGUUGGAUUAUCCAAGAGAUAUAAGUAGCAAUUUCGGUGGCGUUGGGAACGAUAUCGAUGCUGUGUUUCAAUGGAAAGAUGGCAAGACGUACUUCUUCAAAGGUAAAGGUUUCUGGUUGUUCGACGAUCUCAGAAUGAAAGUCGCUCACGAGAAACAGAAACUCUCGGCACCCUUUUGGAUGGGAUGUCCUCGUAAAUUAGAAACGAACGACGUUGAGAAUAAUAUUCCUAGAAAGGCGAAGAUCGUCAGUUCGUCAGCAGAUUCCAUUGUUUCAAGGCUCGGUGCUAUUAUUUUCACUCUUAUAGCUUGCGUCUUUGUACUUGCGUAGUAGGUAAGAUUUAAAUAACAAGAAGAUGAAGAAGAAGAAGAAGAAGAAAAAAGAAGAAAAAAAAGAAGAUUGUACAAGAAAAAUUUUUACAUCUUUAAAAAAUAAUUAUACGAAAUAUAUAUAUAUGUGUAUGUAUAUAUAUAUAUAUAUAUAAAAUUCUUUUUUGGGAGAAGAAAAAUAUGCAUAAUUUUGUCUAUGUUGAUAGGUCAACAUAAAUCGUCCAUAUAUUUGAUAUAAUUAUACCAAAUACAUAUAUAAAUAUAAAUUUUUUUUGAGAGGUAUUAGCAAAGAAAUAAGUUGCAUAAUUUUAUGCAUGUUGAUAGAUCAAUAUUAAUAAUCGUCCAUCUUUGAUAUAAUUAUAACAAAUACAUAUACAUAUAUACAUUUUUUUGGGGGGAAUAAAAUAUAUGUGUAAUUUUGUAUAUGUUUGAUAGAUCAACAUAAAUCAUUUUUUUUUUUUUUAAUCCAUCUUUACAUUAAUAAUUUUUUAUCUUAAAGAGAAUUGUAUUUGUAACUAAUCUGAACAGAUAAAAAAUAUAUUUAUGUAUAUGCUCUCUAUAAUAUUAUUGAAGUCUGAAAAAAAUGAAAAUAUUGGAAAAUCAAUUUCCUUAAUUCGUAUCUUUACAAAUCCCGAUGAUAAUUAUAUAAACAAGAUAAGGAAUAUAAAAAAGAAAUUAACUAUGUAACUAAUUUAUAAUUACAUAUUACAAUGUUGUUUUAAAUGCACUAUUCGAACAUUUUCGAAAGAAGUACUUACGCCGUCGAUCAAAUCUUACCUUGUUACAGAAAAAACAAAAGGGCACAAUUCUUUUGUUAAAUAAAUAAAUAAGUAAAUAAAUAAAUAAAUAAAAAAAUUACAAAAUAAAUAAAAAAUAAAAAUCAAUAGUUACCAAGGACGACAGUUCUAUCGUUACAGAACUGUAUAUCUGCUAUAAUUGCUAUAUAUAUAUAUAUAUAUAUAUAUAUAUAUAUAUAUAUAUAUAUAUAUAUAACACAAUUUUUACUUCCAACGUAAUCCAUAUUUUUUUACGUUGCACCUCUUUAUAUUUAAAAAGAAAAAAAAACAUAACCCCCCAUAACACAUUUAACUUAAUAUUUAUAAUUUAUAUAUACAUAUAUAUUAUCAUAAAUAAUAAUAAUAAAAAAAACAAAAUAAAAAAAAAACGCAUGAAUUUACAUCAUGUCUGCCUAAUGAUGAUGAUGAUGAUGAUGAUGAUCAACAGAAAAUAGUAGAAAUAAGAGGGAUUAAAGAGACAAAGAUAGAGAGAGGUGGAACAUCAAUGCGGUUAAAUUAAAGUACUGUAGAUGAGAAAUAUUUUUUUAUACUACAAUAUAUAGGAAUUUGUCCAGAACUUUUUGAUUAGUUCGUCAAACCAGUAGAGUUCGCCAUUAAAUUAAUAAUAAUAACAAUAAUUAUUGUAAUCUAAUAACAGAUCAUAACAGAUUUUUACAGAACAGAAGAGAGAUAUAGAAAAGUUUCUCUUUUCUUACUGGACCAAUAAUUCUGGGAUGCAUUAGUGAAUCUAAUGUUAUUCUGCCAUUUUUGCCACGUCAUAAACAUUAACAUUCUACAAUAAUUUUUUUUCUACGCACACUGCCCAUUUUAUACAUAUAUAUAUAUUUUUUUUAAAUAUAUAUAUAAAAUAAAAUAUGUUUUUAUUUAAAUUUAGUGCCACUCUCUGGUAAUAAUGUCUAUUAUUACUGUAACUGAACAAAUAUGGCACCAUAAAUUUUUAAUAUAUAAGUAUAGUCGAACAUAAUCUAGCGUAUGUAUUUUCUUUACACUUAGUUUAUAUAUAUAUAAUAUAUAUAUAUAUAUGUAUAUAUAUUAUAUAUUAUAAUUAUUACCAUAUACAAUAAUUUAUCUAAAGACACAAAUAAGUGUUGUCAGUUUUAUAAACUGUGAUAUUUAUAAUACACAAGCGCGAUAAAAUAUUAUAAAUUAAACAUAUAUAAUGUUGAGAGAGAAGCGCAGAAGAAAAAAAUGUGUUUGGGAUUCAAUCUUUACAAAUACAUACAUAUAACGAUUUAUAAGUGCUUUAUUAGAAGAAAGUAAUUUUUAUUAUAUUAUGAAAAUUAAAGAGUUAUGUUAAAAGUGUAAUAAUUAAAAAAAAAAAAAAAGUAAAAAAAGAAAGGAAAAAAAGAUGAAAAAAAGGAUUGUAAUUUCAGAAUUACAUAUUUAUCGUGGAAUAGCAACAAUCUUAUUUUUUUUUAAAUACAUAGAUUUUUUUUUAUUUUUUUUUGUUUCGUUUUACAUAUCCUAUACGUGCAUUUUUCCACCUCUCCAGGUAUUCCAAAUACAAAGAUAAAGAAAAGAAUUAGAAUAUAAUGGAACACGAUAAUAAUAAAUAAACGAUACAAUUUUAUAACCCUAUUAUAAAUUUGCGCUUCAUAUGUAUAUAUAUAUAUGAUAAUAAAGCGAUUUUUUUUUUUUACACGUGAAAAAGGGAGAUGAGAUAUCUCCCUUAAUGUAAUCCUUUAUAAAGGAAGGAAAUACUUUGUAAUUCUUUAUUAAAUCUGUCGUGUAAUUUUUAUGUAAUUGUUUAUUGAACAAGAUCUUUUGCUUUAUAAUAAAUGGUAAACAUAAUUAAAUUAGAAAAUAU